AUGGACAACCACCCUUCCCCCGAUUUCCGCUCGCACUUCCCGUCCCAUACUGAACCGAGAGUAUGGCUCAUCACCGCCGGGGAUUCGCCUAUUGGCAUCUCGGUCGCUCGGCAGGUCCUAGCGCACGGUGACUGUGCGCUGCUUGGGCUAGCGCAUUCGAUUUUGGAACGCGAUGAGCGCCGCCGGACUGGGUUCGAUGCUUUCCUCGCUGAGAUCGAGGAGCACCGUGACGAGGGAUGGAAGCAAAGGACGAAGACCGUUCCCUUGGAUAUCAGGAUGAUGGGCGAAUGUCAGGCAGUGGUUGCUGAGGCAGUUGCGGUAUUUGGCCGAGUUGAUAUCCUCCUAUGCUGUACCAGUCAAACUCUGGUCGGGACCGUCGAAGAGCUAUCUGCUUCGCAACAGACCCUGAACCUCGUCCGCGACCAAUUCGAGGUCAACUACUUCGGACCUCUCAAUAUCAUUAAAGCCGCCCUACCUCACAUGCGCAGAGAAAGCACCGGUCAUAUAAUGAUAAUAUCUGGAAUCACGGCGCACAUCGGCACGCCCGGACUGGGAAUGUACUGCGCAGCCGGCUGGGCCCUCGAAGGCUUCUGCGACAGUCUGGCCUACGAAAUCGCUCCCUUCAACAUAAAACUCACCAUCAUCCAAUGCAGCAUCGAAAUCGGAAUCCUCACAAACCUUGUCACUAGCGUCCCUCCCAUAUUCCCCGCCUACUCACCCGCAAACAAUCACGCACCUCUCUUCCGCGGUAUACUAAACCACCUUGUACCGCGACUCCCGGACGCCGCGUCAGAAGGAGUGAGCACCGCAAACCACCCGAAGGACCAAAAUGAGAAUUCCCGCGUCAGCUCAAUUGAAAACGGCCCCUUCUCAGUCCCGGAGAUAGUCUCCAUGCACCCGCCUCUAAGUUCCGCACAUCUUGAGGUCCUGGUCUCAGAAACAGUAUACGCGAUUACUUCGAUUGGAGGGCAUGAAAACCCCCCCUCUCGGCAUAUCGUUGGACAAGAGGGCGUUGCAAGCGUGAAGGAAAAAUUGAAGACUGUUAGUGAGGAACUAGAGGACUUUAUUCAGGCUAGUUUCGCUGUUGAUGUGGCCGCGGACUCGGAUCCUAUGCCGCCCAUGGGAACGAAUGAUAGACUGUUCUGA